UGCGUAUCCAGACGUGGCAACGGCAUCAUGGCCUCUUGGAAUCGCUACGGGAGUCGGAUGAGAGAGGCGAAAAUGUUAACGUUGGUGUUGCUGGUGUGGCUCCUGUCGGUGCUGGAGGCAGUGAAGGUGUCUCCUCUCAUAGAGAAAGUCAGUGACCACAAAGACUUCAAGAAGCUGCUCAGGACGAGAACAAAUGUUCUGGUGCUCUACACGGAAACAGCUACAUCAGGGGACUCCCACCUGAAACUGCUUUCUGAUGUCGCCCAGACGGUGAAGGGCCAAGGGACUAUCGCCUGGGUCAACUGUGGAGAUUCAGAGGGCCGGAAGCUGUGUAAGAAAGUGAAGGUGGACCCGAGCUCCAAACGUGGAAGAGCAGAGCUGCUGCAUUACAAAGAUGGGACAUUCCACACAGAGUACAGCAGGCCUGCUACUUUCAAGUCGAUGGUAGCGUUUUUGAAAGACCCAUCGGGGCCCCCACUGUGGGAGGAGAACCCUGAGGCUAAAGAUGUCGUCCACAUAGAGACAGAAAAAGACUUCAGGAAGCUGCUGAAGAAAGAAGAGAGGCCGGUCCUCAUGAUGUUCUAUGCUCCCUGGUGCGGCGUUUGUAAGAGAAUGCAGCCCAUUUUUCAGCAAGCGGCCACGGAGACAAAAGGGAAAUAUGUCCUAGCAGGAAUGAAUGUGCACCCAGCUGAGUUCGACGGCCUCAAGCAGGAGUACGGCGUCAAAGGCUACCCAACCUUCUGCUACUUUGAGAAGGGGAAGUUCCUUCACCACUACGAGAACUACGGCGCCACAGCCAAGGACAUUGCAGACUGGUUGAAGAAUCCUCAGCCCCCCCAGCCGAAGACCCCUGAAGUCCCCUGGUCAGAGACAGACUCCGCGGUCUUCCACCUGUCCGAUGAGUCCUUUGACAGCUUCCUGGAGGAACAUCCUGCUGCCCUGGUCAUGUUUUACGCCCCUUGGUGUGGCCACUGCAAGAAAAUGAAGCCAGAGUACGAUGAAGCUGCUGAAAUACUUAACAAGGGUGCAGAUAGUCCGGGUGUUUUGGCAGCAGUGGAUGCCACGGUGCAUAAGGCUGUGUCGGAACGCUUCAAGAUCUCUGGUUUCCCAACGGUUAAGUACUUCGAGAAAGGUGAAGAGAAGUACACUCUGCCACAGCUGCGAAACAAAGACAAGAUCAUCGAGUUCAUGCACAAUCCACAGGCGCCUCCUCCACCAGAGCAGUCUUGGGAGGAGAAACCCUCCAGCGUCAGCCAUCUUGGGUCGGAGGAUUUCCGAGAGGCUCUGAAGAAGAAAAAGCACGCUCUGGUCAUGUUCUACGCUCCCUGGUGUCCACACUGUAAAAACGCUGUCCCCCACUUCACCACCGCAGCAGAGCUCUUCAAAGAGGAUCGCAAGAUUGUGUACGCAGCUGUGGACUGCACUAAAGGACAGAACCAUGAGCUUUGCAAGCAGGAAGGGGUGGAGGGCUACCCAACAUUCAACUACUACAACUAUGGCAAGUUUGUGGAGAAGUACAAUGGAGAUCGAGGGGAGGCAGGCUUCACGGGUUUCAUGCGCAGCCUAAGAGGACGCGACCAGGAGAAGGUUGUCAAGAGGAAGGAGGAGCUCUGAGAGAAGCAUGCGGG